UCGAAAAUAAAAACAAAAAUCACAUGUUCGUAUGUAUUCAUAAAGGUGUUGACCUCCAACAAGGUCGCCGCCUGAGUGAGUGACCAUUGUCACCCCCUUUGCAAUGGUCUGAGGCGGAGAAAAACCUAUCCAGCAGUCAGCAUGAGGAGUCGUACAAAUUCCGGUGUCCGGCUGGACUACCAUUACCAAAGAUUGGUGCACAAAGUUAUUUUAGAGCACCAGAAUCCUGUCACUGGCUUGUUUCCCGCCAGCCCUGACGAUAGCCAUGCCUGGAUCAGGGACAAUGUGUAUUGCAUCCUGGCAGUUUGGGGUCUUUCAAUGGCCUACAAGAAAAAUGCAGACAUGGACGAGGACAGGGCGAAAACCUAUGAGCUAGAACAAAGUUGUGUUAAGUGCAUGAGAGGACUCCUGAUGGCCAUGAUGCUGCAAAAGGAUAAAGUUGAGAGGUUUAAAAUCAGCCAGAACCCUCUUGACUCGCUGCACGCCAAGUAUAGCAGCACCACAGGUCAGACUGUUGUCGGAGACAGCGAGUGGGGACACUUGCAGAUUGAUGCAGUGUCUCUUUACCUCUUGAUUUUGGCCCAAAUGACUGCAUCUGGCUUGCAAAUCGUCUUCACCCUCGACGAAGUUGCCUUUGUUCAGAAUCUAGUGUUCUAUAUCGAGUCUGCCUAUUGCAUCCCCGACUACGGUAUUUGGGAGAGAGGAGACAAAACCAACCACGGUUUGCUAGAGCUGAACGCCAGCUCCAUUGGCAUGGCCAAGGCUGCGAUGGAGGCUAUGAACGAACUUGACUUGUUUGGCGCCCGAGGUGGACCUUCAUCUGUCAUCCAUGUCCUUUCUGAUGAGGCACAAAAGUGCCGGGCGGUACUACAGUCCAUGCUGCCUAGGGAGUCCAGUUCCAAGGAGCUAGACAGCGGACUUCUAGGUGUCAUCAGUUUUCCUGCAUUUGCAGUUGAUGACGCUGAGCUCAUCAAACUCACUCGCUCAGCCAUUGUCAGCAGGCUGCAGGGCAGAUAUGGUUGCAAAAGAUUCCUCCGUGAUGGAUAUAGAACUCCAAAAGAAGAUCUGAAUAGGUUAUAUUAUGAACCAUGGGAACUGCGUAUAUUUGAAAACAUAGAGUGUGAGUGGCCACUCUUCUUUUGCUACCUCAUCUUGGAUCACCAUUUCCACGGCCAGUCAGAGGUGGCAAGAGACUACACUGAGUUACUAGAAGAUAGAAUGAUCCAAACUGAUGAUGGUUUGUGCCUAAUUCCUGAAAUGUACGCCGUCGCGCCAGAAAAUGUCAACGAGGAAUACAAAAAUCCUGGCAGCCAGCACCGCGUGGCUGUAGGUCGUUGCCCUCUGCUCUGGGCGCAAUCUCUUUACAUUUUGGGCAAGUUGCUUCAGGAGGGAUUUCUGGCUGCAGGAGAAUUGGAUCCUCUGAACAGACGUCUUUGUUCAGAAAAGAAACCUGAUGUUGUCGUUCAGGUGGUGGUUCUGGCAGAAAAUAAAGAUAUUAAGGAAAAACUUGCAGCACACGACAUUGCUGUGCAGACCGUGGCUGAAGUUGCGCCGAUUGAAGUUCAGCCUGCCAGAGUUCUCAGCCAUCUUUAUACAUACUUAGGUCGAAACAGAAAGCUUGGUCUAAGCGGAAGGAAAUCUAGAGAUGUUGGUAUUUUAAGUACAAGCAAACUGUACUCCCUGCAGGACAGGCUGUUUGCAUUCACACCACAAUUGACAGAUUUGCAGAGAUUCUACAUCGCCAGCGAUAAUGAGCUUAUGAUCGAUAUUUUUAAGAGCGAAAUUAACUUUCUUAAAUCAAGCUGGCAGAACAUGCUAGGCAGACCUCUGGUUGUGAUAGCUCUGAAGAGCAUCCACUUAGAUCAAGAAAAGGUUCCUCUAGGCCUUCUGAACACCAUUAAAAAACUGAAGAGUGGUUACAUCAAUGGAACUAGGGUCACUUUAGGAAAUUUGGGUGAAUUUCUCAACACCUCUUGUAUCACCAAUCUCAGUUUCCUUGGAAGCCAAGAAGAUGGAAUGCCAGACAAGCUAAAUCCACAAGUUGAAGCCUACUUAGAUGAACAUUUGAUGAAGUCUCUUUCUGCUCGCCCUAAGUUCCUGCUUCAGGUCAGCAGAGGUGGUUUAAGGCCAAUUUCGAUACAGAGAAAAGAGUCUGUGAAAGGCUUGGUCAAAAAAACCAGAUCAAUUAAAAUUGAUGGAGACCACAUGGACCGCAGGGUUUCCGUCUAUGCCUAUCCUCCUCUGCCAGAGCAAGACAGGAGCCCGUCGCCCACUGAUGAGGAAUUAAACUGGAAGAGUGGUGCAGCCAAGGAUCGCUGCAUAUCGGAAACUCAUUUCACUGAUCCUGAAAUUGAGGAAAUGAUGGCUAUGCUUCGCGAAUCUGAAAAUUUGGAAGAACAAGGCGAUAUUUUACAGUAUCUUGUGGACACGCAUGGAAUCGAUUUCAAAACAGGUGAGACAGAGGAUGGCCAAUGUGUGACGGUGAAGGACCACAUGAAAGUUCUGUUCGAAAAAGCUUGCCAGCAGAAGUUGUGGAAUAUUGUCCGACACACUGCAGGUAUGCUUGGCAAGCGAGUUGAAGACCUUGCCAAGGCAGUCACAGAUUUGUUGGUGAGACAGAAGCAAGUCACAGUCGGCAUGCCUCCAGUCAGCGAACAUACAAUCACGGCUCCUUUGCCUGAAGCGGAGUUGCGUCAACUGAUCCACCAAGCGCACGGCGAUGAUGAGAGCACAGCAAUGCUGACGCAGGAGCUGCUUGUCUACCUUGCAAUGUUCAUUAGGACCGAGCCACAACUGUUCCACGAAAUGCUGCGACUCCGCAUUGGCCUCAUCAUCCAGGUGAUGGCUAAGGAGUUGGCUAGAAAUUUGAGAUGCACUGGCGAGGAGGCUUCGGAUCACUUGCUCAAUCUGUCGCCGUUUGAAAUGAAAAACUUGCUCUAUCAUAUCGUCAGUGGAAAAGAAUUUGCACUAAAUUCAGUGGCGGGAGGCACUCUGUCUGUGAUUGGAAACAGAUCAGCAAAAGUGAGCAAGAAAAGCCAAAUUGGCAAUUUUCUUACCCCAAAAGACGAUCAAGACGACACUUUGGAAUCAGAAAAGCAGGGACAGUGGCUGCGGCGCCGACGACUUGACGGGGCGCUGAACCGUGUGCCACGGGGCUUUUACACCAGGGUCUGGUCUGUGCUUGAAAGGUGUCAAGGAUUGGCGGUUGAAGGUCGAGUGCUGCCGCAAAACCUGACGCAGGAAAUGACGCCUGGAGAGCUGAAAUUCGCGCUUGCUGUGGAGACCGUUUUGAAUUUCAUCCCUCAGCCAGAGUACCGCCAGCUGAUUGUCGAAGCCAUGAUGGUGUUAACCCUUCUGACUGAGCACAACGUCGCCAGCUGCUUAGGAGGAAUUCUGUCUGUUGAGCAUCUUGUGCACAAAGCUAACCAGAUAUUCCUUGAAGAUCAGAUGAAAGUCAAUGGUGAUGCAACCCUGUGCUGUGCAAAGCCUGUCAAGGAGCUGACAUCAAGCGGCGGCAUAUUGUGCGGCGGAGCAGCCUAUGUGUGCCAGCACUUCUAUGACAGUGCUCCAAGUGGAAGUUUCGGAACCAUGACCUACAUUACCAGAGCUAUGGUUUCCUUGCUUGAUUGUAUUCCCAGAGAAGGUGAAAUGGAUUGUGUCAUAAGCUAAAUAUGCUAACAUCAAAAUUAGUUGGUAAAACCCAGAUAAGUAGCUAUUUUAACUAGCUAGUCAAUAUUGUGUGAAACAGUUCAAAUUUUGCUGGGUGCCAUAUAUAUUAUAUUUUACGUUCCCAUCAAUAGAUGAUAUUUUGCGUUUUAAAAAUUUUUAGUAUGUUUUGUUGCAAGGUGUUUUUGCUGGUUUUAAUAAUAUUUUAAAUGCACUUCUUCAGAAGCUAUUUUUAUUCGUUGACAAAACCACAUUACUUGCUGAAUGUAACUUUUGACUUUAACUGCUUCAGCCAUGAGGUGUCUUCAGAGCUAAAAUUAAAAACUAUUAAACCUGUCCAGUCAAAUUAGGCACAAGUUUUUACCUUUCAUCCAAUUGAGGAUUUUCCUGUCUCUCCUUCAAAUACUCAAUCAGCUCCUUUCUGUACUGGUGCUUCAAAGGCACUGGCUCUACAUACUUUAAUAAAUGGUUCUUAACCAUCGCCUCCUUCAGCGUCAACCCGUACCACUCUGCCUGUUCAAGCUAAUAAAAAUUGAAUUUUAAGAAGUAAA